UCAGUUAAGUUGCUGGCAUCAUGCAUGGUCUGCACAAACUUCUGCUCUUUCAUGUUCUGACAUGUCUUGGACAAAACGCACUUGGGGGUAAAAUCAUACAUGGGGAAAAAGCCCCAGAGAACUCUAUGCUGUAUAUGGUCUCUCUGCAGAACAUCCGUGGUCAUGUCUGUGGGGGAUUCCUCAUCAGAGAAGACUUUGUAGUCUCUGCUGCACACUGUGACCAUGUGAAUCCCACACGUGUUGUUCUUGGCUCCCACAAUCUCAAGGCUGGAAAUACAGUGAGAUCUAUUGAAAAGAAGUACAAACCCACAUCUUAUGAGAAUGUUGGAACAGGGAAUGACAUCAUGCUCCUCAAACUGUCUAGUGCAGUUCAGCUGAACGAGAGAGUACAGCUUACCCAACUUCCCAAGACUGAAAUUAGCAUGAAAGAUGGAGAAAAGUGCAGUGUGGCUGGAUGGGGUAUGACUGAAACUGGUGGUGCAGUUGUUGAUGACCUGAGAGUGGUGGAUGUGUCUGUCAUCAAUCUAGUAGACUGUAAGGAGAAAUGGAUGAAAUUGGGGCAUCUUCCUGCCAAUGUUCUCUGUGCAGGUGGAUAUGACACAAAGAAAGGAUUCUGUCAGGGUGAUUCUGGUGGUCCUCUGGUGUGCAACGGGACAGCAGUUGGUAUCGUGUCCUUCAACAAAGAUUCCAACUGCAACUAUCCAGACGUACCCAACGUCUACACAGACAUAUCAAAAUACCUGCCCUGGAUCAACAAGAUUCUCAAGGAAAAUAAUUGUUCAAAGUUUGCUGGCAUCAUGCAUGGUCUGGACAAACUUCUGCUCUUUCAUGUUCUGACAUGUCUUGGACAAAACGCACUUGGGGGUAAAAUCAUACAUGGGGAAAAAGCCCCAGAGAACUCGAUGUUGUAUAUGGCCUCUCUGCAGAACAUUGAUCAUAGUCAUGUAUGUGGGGGAUUCCUCAUCAGUGAAGACUUUGUAGUCUCUGCUGCACACUGUGACAAUAGGCAUCUCUCACGUGUUGUUCUUGGCUCCCACAAUCUCAUUAAGGCUGAAAAAACAGUGAGAACUAUUGAAAAGAAGUGCAAACACGAAUCUUAUGUGAAUGUUGCAAAAGGGAAUGACAUCAUGCUCCUCAAACUGUCUAGUGCAGUUCAAGUGAACAGAAGAGUACAGCUUAUCCAACUUCCCAGAACUGAAAUUAGCGUAAAAGAUGGAGAAAAGUGCCGUGUGGCUGGAUGGGGUAUGACUGAAACUGGUGGUGCAAUUGUCGAUGACCUGAGAGUGGUGGAUGUGUCUGUCAUCAAUCUGGAAGUCUGUAAGAUGAAAUGGCAGAAUCUUCCUGCCAACGUUAUGUGUGCAGGUGGAUAUGGCACAAAGAAAGGAUUCUGUCAGGGCGAUUCUGGUGGUCCCCUGGUGUGCAACGGGACAGCAGUUGGUAUCGUGUCUUUCAAUAAAAAUUCCAACUGCAAAUAUCCAGACGUACCCAACGUCUACACAGACAUAUCAAAAUACCUGCCCUGGAUCAACAAGAUUCUCAAGGAAAAGAACUGUUAA